UGCCUACUGCAACAGUUGCCACCAUGAUGGCUUCCUCGGUUCCUCCCGCUUAUGCUUUACCCAUGAGCACGACGGUGCUGAUCAUCAUUAACUACAUUAUCCAUCUUCAUCUUAGCAUGAAACUAAACGCACGGCGGCUUCAAUUUGCUAGCCAAUUCGCCAUGUAUCGUUCACGCACUGAAGGAAAAUAUGAUCGCAGCGAGUUUCCUGCGGUUCAUAUCCAUAGAUUGCUGUUGAUCAGGGCAAAAAGGAAGCUUUGGAACUUGUGUCAUCCGAACAGUAGCCAUAUGGGUAUCCCUUAUCUUUAUGGUGACACCAUCUCCCCGUUGUAUGGCUGCCCAUUAGGUUGGUACUUAUUUGGAAUUCACCAGUCAAAUUAUGCAUCUGACAUGGAUGGUUGGACUCUCUCUUCCUCUUGCAGCAAGAGUGAAUGGGUAUUGACCUUUGGUGGGUAAGAAGAACCUCCACCACACGCACACACAAAUACAGAUGCACAUCCACAUGCAACGGGCUUUUGCGACCUUCCUUCUCCAAAAUGGAGCACCUAAUUGGAUGUCAUAUCAUGCAUGAUCACUGUGGUUACUGAAAACUCUGAGAACAAGUCCCAUAAUGCCGGCGAGCUAUAUUCUAUUCCCGGCGAAGGUGAGGUAUAAUCGAUUUAAGUUCUGCUCUCUACA